UUGAUAGACUUGCUAAAAAAUUGUGUUAUUAUCAAGUGAUUGUGAAUGACAAAAGACAAAAUUGUGAAUGAAAAAGUGUUAAAAUGAGUGGAAUUAGAGACAGUGCUUUGUGUAGAUUUUUUCUAAUAUUUAUAAUAAAUUAUUUAUUAAUAAAUGACAGUAUUAAACAAGUGUUUUGUGAAAAAUCAAGUGGUUUUUAUGUUGAUAAUGGACAACAAACAGUAAUGCAUGCUGUAACAAAACGUGAAAAACGUGAUAUUCAAAAUGAAAUAUUAGAAUUUCUUGAUUUACCAGAAAAACCAUUGUUAAAAAAUAAAUUACCAUCACCAAAAAAUUCAGGACUUGAAUUUUUAAUUGAUGUUUAUAAAAAAAAUCUUAAUCAAAGUGAUCAAGGUGAUGACUUUGACAAUUCAGAAGACAAAUAUGAUUCCGAUCAAAACAAAAAUGAAAGUGAUUUUCCUGGUUUGAAUUCCAGAGUUGCCAAUGAGAGUGAUGUCAUCAUAUCAUUUACACCUCAAUAUCGAAAAUUUUCUGGUGUUACUAAUAGACGAGGAAAAAAGCUAUUGUUUGAUAUGUCUGAGGUACCAUAUGACGCAGCAAUUAUUGGUGCUGAAUUGCGAUUUUAUCGUUCACUUAAAAUCAAACAAAAAAAAUAUAAUAAGCCAUUUAAAAUUAGUGCUUAUCGAAUUUUUAAAACACAUCGUGGGACAAAAGAAUUGAAAUUAAUUAGUUCUAUAAAUAAAAAUAUGAGUGAUCAAGGCUGGAUGACAUUGAACGUCAGUGCAGCAUUGCAAUAUUGGGUGAGAUAUCCAGGAGAAAAUAGAGGACUUUAUAUAUCAAUUCAACCAGCUGAUAAAUCUGUCUUCGAAAUAUUACCAGAAGAAAUUGGUAUCGUUGGAGUAAAUGGUGCUCCUGAGAAACAACCUUUCAUGGUUGGAUUUUUCCAAACUCCCGAUACAGAUCACAAGAGAUAUCAUAGAAAACGUAAAAAUAAAAGAAAUAAAAGAAGUGUCUCAACGUUUAUCGAUGAUGAAAUUCCAUUUUAUCAACAAAGACGUAAUGUUCAUUCAUCUGAUAAAAAAGCCUGUCAAAUGAAAUCAUUUCGUGUUAAUUUUAUAGAUCUAAAUUGGCAGGAUUGGAUUAUUGAACCAGCAGUUUAUGAAGCAAAUUAUUGUGCUGGUGAUUGUGAUUUUCCAUUACACUCUCAUAUGAAUUCAACAAAUCAUGCAGUUGUACAAACACUUGUUAAUCUUUUGAAUCCAGAUCUAGCACCAAAAGCCUGCUGUGCACCAACAAAAUUAGCUCGUCUACAUAUUAUUUAUUUUAGCCAAGAUGCCGCUGUCUUUAGAAAAAAAAAAAAUAUGAUUGUUAAAAGUUGUGGUUGUCAAUAAUGAGCAAUAACAAUUUUAAAUUAUACAAUUUAA